AUGCAGGAGGAGGCGUUCCUGAAGGCCGUGGCGGUGGAGCUGGCGAAGCUGGGGUUCCGCAAGGACAACGGCAUCGCGCUGGUGAACACGUGCCGCGACGAGGUGUGCCGGCCCGUGGUGAGCAUCAUCGACCGCGAGUUCGGGCUGAGCUUCAACAUCUCGGGGCUGGGCGGGCUCGUCAACUGCGGCAAGGUCGGCUUCAAAGCCGCCAUGAGCCACUCGCCCGAGUUCCCCUGCGACGUCGACGGCAACCUCAAGGAGCGAUACAUUUUCUUCGCGUUCCCCCACGUGUCCAUCGGUGAGUCGGGCGAGGUGGGGUCGCUGCUGCGUCGCGGUCGCGGUAAGCCGUCAAGCGCAUGCGGAGCGUUGAUCGCCAUCAACAACGACAUCAACAACGGCACGGCGCCCAGCAUGGACAGCGACGACCCCGAGUACACGCUGCUGCGCAAGAAGAUCAUGGCUAAGGUGUCGCCGGGCGGCAACCAGUCGCUGGUGGACGUGACGCGCGCGGCGCUGGCGGCGAUCAACGAGGACCUGGAGAAGCUCAUCUCGCUGACGGUGGACCCCGCCACGGCGGACUACGCCGUGAUCACGGGCGUGCAGAUCCACUCGGGCGACCAGAUUCCCGGCCAGCCCUUCCGCAUCGAGCGCACCUGCGACUACAUCGCCCCUGACAAGAUGUACGCCGUCGUUCGCGGCCAGAAGUACGCGCUCAAGGUGGAGACGCCCAAGUCGCAAGGCGUCGCUGCCAUGGUCUAA